AUGAAAAAGAGCCUUCAUUUGAUUAAAAGAAUCGAGAGGAAGGCUAACGAAGUGUACGUGUAUUCAAGCGAUGACCGGAUCAUAGGUUACGGCGGUAUCUCAAAAGCCAGCCCUCUGUCCAACUUUUACAAGACUAGCUUCACAUACAGUGGACACCACUUCGAGUACUCCGAGUGCGCUAUUAUGUACGAAAAGGCCAUCACUUUUGGCGACCAAAUCAGCGCCGAUAAAGUGCUCGACUGUAAGACACCCGUAAUGGCCAAGAGGUUGGGCCGAAAGGUGAAGCCGUUUGUGCCCAAGAAGUGGGCGGAAGUGAGGGACCAAAAGGUGCCGAAAAUACUUUACGAAAAGUUUACGCAAAACUCGGCGCUCAAAGAGUGGUUACUGUCGACCGGUUCAGCCGUUUUGGCCGAAAUCGCUAUUCAAGAGCCGACCGGUCGGGUCCGCUAUCGGGACAAACUGUGGGGCAUUGGUAUCGGCGCCUAUCAUAAGGACAUCGAGAAACCGCUUGAAUGGCAUAAAUAUGGCGACAACUUCUUGGGCAACACUCUUAUGACUGUCCGCCAGACCAUCGCCGACGAGACAGCCAGACAGACACUUAACACUAACGAUAAGACAAUGGAUGUGAUCGGCGGUCACACUGAAGACGAGAGGGGUCGGUCUGAGGCGACCAUCAGGUUUGUGGUGAACGAUGUCAACCAAUUGGCUGGUUAUCAAUACAGCGCUGUCACACAUAUACGACACUUACCAUGGUAUAUUAUAUACUACAACAACAAC